AAGACACCAUGGCUGCCUCCAAGUUGCUUCUGGUUCUGCUCUCCAUGGCCCUGCUGACUCUGACCUCAGCUCAGAGGGCUGAUGAAGAUGAUGAAAAUUCUCUUCAAGGGCAACUUAAUAAUUUCCAUGCAGGGCUAAAGGAAAUGAAGAGCCUUGUUAAAGAACAAAUAAGUCAGCACGGCAAGAUGGCUGAGAACCUCAUCAAAGGGAGUGAGAAGAGCAACAAAGGGAAAGGCAGAGGUGGCAAUCGAGGCUCUGGUGGUGAGGGCUCGAGAGGUCAGGACCGUCAGAGUGGAAAUCAACAGGAAAGCAGUGGCCAAGGAGGCCGUGGCCGCGGUGGCCAGAAAGGAGGGAAAGGCCAGAAUGCAAAAGGUGGCCAGAAAACACAACGUGGAAAAGGUGGCAAGAGAAACCAGAAGGAGAAUGGUGGAGAACUUUCAGAAGAGUAAACAAACCACUUGCCCCUUCCUUCCCCCAAGUUCAGAGCAUCAAUAAAAUCAUCAGCAUGAA